GUUGGAUGUAAACAUUGCUUGACAGAUCUGUACUACGUGACAUCGGCUCCAAGUUUACUGAAACUAUGGCAGAAACUGCUCCUGCUCCCGCGGCUGCUCCGGCCAAAGCCCCGAAGAAGAAGACGGUAAAGGCGAAAAAGCCUGGACCAGGCGUGUCAGACCUUAUCGUGAAGGCGGUUACCGCUUCCAAAGAGCGCAAAGGAGUUUCCCUGGCGGCUCUGAAGAAGGCUUUGGCAGGUGGUGGAUACGACGUUGAGAAAAACAACUCUCGCAUCAAGAUUGCUUUGAAAUCUCUGGUGAAAAAGGGGGCGCUUGUUCAAACUAAAGGCACCGGAGCAUCUGGAUCUUUCAAGCUGAGCAAGAAACCAGCCGCCAAGAAGCCCGUUAAGAAAGUUGUGGCGAAACCGAAGAAACCAGCCGUGAAGAAGAAGGCGGCAGCCAAGGUGGCGAAGCCCAAAAAGGUAGCAGUAAAGAAACCUGCCCCGAAGAAGUCUCCCAAAAAAGUGAAGAAACCGGCUGCGCCCAAGAAAGCCGCCAAAAGCCCGAAGAAAGUAAAGAAACCGGCCGUGAAGAAAGUUGCAAAGAGUCCUAAGAAGGUCAAAGCAGUGAAGCCUAAAGCCGCAAAGCCCAAGGCUACCAAGGCGAAGAAGACGGCCGCUAAGAAGAAAUAGACUGCCACCAGACUUCAUUCCACAAACCAAAGGCUCUUCUUAGAGCCACCCCAUCUUCACAGAAAUGCAAAUGUCCCUAACGCAUGUAAGAAGGCUAUUGCCUUUUUAAUAGACUGAGAAAAUGGUUUUUGGGUGGGGUGCGACACAUUUUGAGCUGUCUUGUUGGAUAGGGUCCUAUUGCUUAUAAAUAUCACCAGCACGAACGGCCAGGACAAAUACUUCUGUGUAAAAUCGGUUUGUAGAAACACGUGACAGUCUCUUCCUCUGUACCUGAUGCUCAAAGCCGAUUAUUUGCUGUAGAUUUUCAAUCCUUCACAGAUUAGACAGAAGAGUCCGCUGGUUGGAAAGUGUCCGAAAUGUGCGAAGAUUUCAUCGUGUACGAGCGUGUGCACGUAUACGUGAGAGCUUUUGUGACUAAACACUGAUUCGUGUACUAUAUUUAUAU